CAUCGCGGGAGCGAAGGACAAGGUAGUGUAGCCUCCCUGGUGGUAUUCCCGAGUGUAGCUCGGGGUAAAGAUUUAGUACCACAAGCGGUAACCCCGAGCUACACUCGGGAAUACACUGCAGCGUUGCUCCGGGAUCUCUUCUUCACUUACCUUGUCCUGCGCUCCCACGAUGUCCCCCCUGCAGUGUCCCCGGCAAUGUCCUCCGGGCGAUGCCGGCAUCUGUCUUCUGGGUUCCAUUCCCUGCGACGCUGGGACGUACGGGGGACGGAACUGGCGGGAAAUUUGAAAAUGACCAAAAGU